UUUCCUAAAAACCCAAAUAAAAAGCCGAAACCCUAACUAAUUCAGCCUUCUUUUCUCUCCACUCUCCCCGAGCAACCCAGACGCGGCUGCCUUUUUGGCUUUUAGCAGCUUGUAUUUGGAAGGAUGGUGAGGGUCAGCGUCUUGAAUGAUGCACUCAAGAGCAUGUACAAUGCGGAGAAGAGAGGCAAACGACAGGUCAUGGUCAGGCCUUCCUCAAAAGUGAUCAUCAAGUUCCUUUUGGUCAUGCAGAAGCAUGGUUACAUUGGAGAGUUUGAGUAUGUCGAUGAUCACAGAGCUGGUAAAAUUGUGGUUGAACUGAAUGGAAGGCUGAAUAAGUGCGGUGUGAUCAGUCCUCGUUUUGAUGUAGGAGUCAAAGAGAUUGAGGGUUGGACUGCGAGGUUACUUCCUUCAAGACAGUUUGGAUAUAUUGUGCUCACCACAUCUGCUGGAAUCAUGGACCAUGAAGAAGCCAGAAGAAAGAAUGUUGGUGGGAAAGUUCUUGGCUUUUUCUAUUGAGACAAAUUUCUUAAAAAAUUUUAAUUUGUCUUUUGUAGAACUUGGUAGUUAUCCUCUAUCAGUGUUGGUAGAAUUCUUAUUUUUUAUUUCGGGGAUUAUACGUUAUGUUUUGUUUACCAUGUUUGAGAUUAUGAUUUGUCGGGGUUUUCAUCGGUAAUAGCGCUUUGCCUUUGUCAUCAAACAGUUGGAAGAGCUUUCGAUUUGGAAGUUUCUGCUAACUAAUUUCUAUCACCUGCCUUUUAACAAAAUUUUAUUUGGAUGAAGGUCAAUAUUUUGGGUUGUUCA